CCGCCUUCUGGCAGUCAAGGACGUGUUCCACUCUCUUCAACGCAAGUGCCGCCUUUUGGCACUCAAGCCGCAGAGCUUCCAGCAGAGCGUAAGGAAAGAAGGACGUGGAUAGUCACAGAGGACAUAGUGCUUAUUAGCAGCUGGCUCAACACGAGCAAAGACCCUGUCGUAGGGAAUGAGCAGAAGUCAGCAACUUUCUGGACAAGAGUUGCAGCAUACUUCUCGGCGAGUCCAAAACUUGCUGGAUGUGAAAAACGCGACGGGAAUCAGUGCAAGCAACGUUGGCACAAGCUGAAUGAAGCCGUUUGCAAGUUUUCUGGGGCGUAUGAGGCAGCCACAAGAGAGAAAACCAGUGGCAUGAAUGACAACGACGUCCUAAAACGUGCCCACGAAAUCUACUUCAACAACCACCAAAAGAAGUUUGUCCUUGAGCAUGCGUGGAACGAGCUUCGCAACGACCAGAAGUGGUGUGAUCUCGCUACAUCUAAAACUGAAACAAGCUCCAAAAGGAGGAAGUUCGCGGAUGGUUCACAUUCAGGAGCAUGCUCUCACGUCAAUGAAUGCAAUGCUGGUGGAGAAGGAACAUCUCGUCCCCCUGGUGUUAAGGCUGCAAAAGCUGGAGGAAAGAAGCCACAUGUCGCGGGGGAGGAUGUGUGUGAUUAUCAGCUCAUGUGGAGCAUCAAGAAGGAUGACUUGGCAAUGAAGCAACAGCUCUCCAAGAUGAGAGUACUUGAGAAGCUUCUUGCCAAGGAAAAUCUAGAGGAUUAUGAAGAAGAUCUCAAGAAAAAGAUCAGUUUAGAGUUAAUGUAACUCUUGGAAUAAUGUUAACCUUAUGUAUGUUUCAUGUUCUUGGCUUGUAGUUGUUUCAUUUUAUGUCUUCCUUAUGUUUCAUGUUUCAUGUUAUCGGCUUUAGAAUGUAGUUGUUUCUAGUUUCAUGUUCUCGGCUUUAGAAUCUAAUUUGUAAUGCUUUGCUCUCUUAUUUUAUAAGCAACUUAAUGUUUUGGUGUUUUGUUGAGUUAUCUCUUGAUGUGGACAAUUGUUUUAUUUGUUUCAGGUAACAGUAAAUAAGAAGCUACAUUGGAUCAUGUCACGGGUUGCAUACUAUCAGUUCAGAGUGUUGUCUCGGCGUGUGUUGUCUCGGCUUUGUAGGAUGUCACGGUUUUAAUCUUUUGUAUCAGUGUGUCACGGGUUUCAGUUUCAGCUUUUGUAUCAGUGUGUCACGGUUUUAAUCUUCUGUAUCAGUGUGUCACGGGUUGUUCAGUGAAUCAUAUACUUUGUAUUUUCAUGUGCAUCACACAGCCUCAUUUUUUAUAUAUAUAUCAAUGUCUCUCUACUUCCAACAUCACGCAAACUCAUCUACUCUCUAUUUCCUCUCUUUUGCUAACACUACCAAACGCACAGUCUCUCUAUUCUCUCUAUUUCCUCUCUUUCCCAUGUUUCUCACUUUGAACACAAUUUAAAAAAAAACUCUUAAAUCACUUCUAUGGCUUCUUCUUCAAAUCCAAACACUUUCGAUGAAUCAUGUGAUGAUACAUUUGAUGACUUCUUUGAUCAAAAAUUUGAUGAAAAAUUUGAUGAAAAAUUUGAUCAAUUUUUUGAGCAAGCGUUUGAGAAUUUAACUACUCGAGAGGCUCCAAAAAAAAAAAGAAAACCGAAAGUUUAUAUCGAGAGAAAUCGUGAAGAAGGGCAUAUUCGUUUAUGGAAUGAUUAUUUCAGUGAUAAUCCAACAUAUCCUGAUAAUUUAUUCCGACGACGUUUUCGAAUGAACAAGCCAUUGUUCUUGUACAUUGUUGAUCGACUCUCCAACGAAGUUCCCUAUUUUCGGGAAACAAAAGAUGGUCUCGGAAGGAUUAGUCUCUCUCCUCUUCAAAAGUGUACCGCAGCCAUUCGUGUCUUGGCGUAUGGUUCUGCAGCUGAUGCGGUCGACGAAUACCUCCGGCUCGGUGAAACAACCACUCGCUUAUGUGUGGAAAAUUUUGUGGAAGGAAUAAUAUAUUUGUUCGGUAAUGAGUACUUAAGAAGACCAACACCAGCUGAUCUUCAACGUCUACUUGAUGUUGGAGAAUAUCGUGGAUUUCCCGGGAUGAUAGGAAGCAUCGAUUGUAUGCAUUGGGAGUGGAAGAAUUGUCCAACCGCUUGGAAAGGGCAAUAUUCUCGUGGUUCGGGUAAACCAACAAUCGUUUUAGAGGCGGUUGCUUCAUACGAUCUCUGGAUAUGGCAUGCAUUUUUCGGACCUCCAGGUACAUUAAAUGAUAUCAACGUUCUUGAUCGUUCACCUGUUUUUGAUGACAUAAUAAAAGGUGAAGCUCCGAAUGUCACUUUCUCUGUCAAUGGAAGAGAGUAUCAUAUGGCUUACUAUCUUACGGAUGGUAUUUAUCCGAAAUGGGCAACUUUUAUUCAAUCUAUUCCUCUACCACAAGGGCCACAAGCGGUCUUAUUUGCUCAACAUCAAGAAGCAGCCCGAAAAGAUGUCGAGCGGGCUUUUGGAGUCCUGCAAGCUCGCUUUGCCAUUGUUAAAAAUCCAGCGUUGUUUUGGGAUAAAGUCAAAAUUGGUAAGAUUAUGAGAGCAUGUAUCAUACUCCAUAAUAUGAUAGUAGAAAACGAAAGAGAUGGAUACUCUCAAAAUGAUGUUUCAGAAUUUCAGCAAGGAGAAGACAACAGAAAUUCACAUGUCGAUCUCACGUAUUCUACGGAUAUCCCUUCAAAUAUCGCAAACCAGAUGGGGGUUCGGAUAAGAAUUCGUGAUAAACAAAUGCAUCAACAACUGAAAAAUGAUUUGGUUCAACAUUUAUGGCAUAAAUUUGGACCUGGUGAAGACAACAACUGAGCUUGGAAGCUUCUUUUAAAUAAUUCUUGUUUAAUUUAGUAAUCUUUGUUUUUAUGUUUUAAUUAUAAAAUUUCUAUUAAUAAAAAAAUUUAAAUUUUAUUUUAAAGAAACCCUUAAUAAGAGACUUGCAAUGGAGGGGGAAAAAACUCAAAGUUCUUAACCAUGUCUCUUACCAAAAUUACCUCCUAAAGUAUUAUUAAAAAAAUAAUAAGAGACCCAUUAGAGUAUAUGGGAUAAAGAUGAUCUUAUGUAUUAUUAUAAUAUUCAUUAUACUAAACGUGAUCCAUCCUAAUUCUGACUCGUUGACAAAUCAACCUGACUUUAUAACACAAUACCCAUUUAUAUAUUUGUUACGAACAACAUGCGGAUUCCACAUCCGUUGGUCCGACGAAUGUAGACACACAUUAUCUGCCAAUUAUAUAUACAUGGUAUAUACAUGUGUAUUUAAGACUAUAAAAAUGUGAACAUACAAGUACAACACACUAUUACCUACAUGCAUGAUUAACAAACGAUAUGAAAACCUAAGAACACCGCACAGUCAUUAAAAUUACAAUUAAAUAACCCGAAGGGUCUAAACUCUACAAUCCUCUUUACACAGUGAUUAUUGCAAAGCUACAAUAUCAUGAAUUUAUUAAUAAUUACUCCUUAGGAAGAGAAAAUAGUUAUUUCAUAUGAAUAGAAAAGUGAGAGAUAAUCCAAAAAUGUGAGAAAGAGAGGGGAAAAAGAAAGCAAAGUUUGAAACGGGCCCCAUGACAUGUCCUCUAACGUCAACAUUAUCCUCCAUUAUUACUAUUACUUUCACUCUCUCAUCAAACUCACUCAAACCUUUCGUUCUUCUUAUUACCUAAAUCACCAGAUCCAUGUAUAAAAUAUAAAAAGACCCCUGAAACCUCAACAACAUCUCUCUAUCUCUACAAUCAACAAGAUCAUACCAUGUCAUCUCCUAGAGAUAGAGGAAAGAGCUCGAUGGAAUCAUCAGGAUCAGAGCCACCGGUGACACCAAGCCGUUACGAGUCACAGAAGAGACGCGACUGGAACACUUUCGGACAGUACUUGAGGAACCAAAGACCGCCACUGCCAAUGUCUCACUGCAACUGCAACCACGUGCUUGAUUUCCUCAGGUACUUAGACCAGUUCGGUAAGACAAAAGUGCACGUGCCUGGCUGUAUGUUCUACGGUCAGCCUGAGCCACCAGCUCCUUGCACAUGUCCUCUCAGACAAGCUUGGGGAAGUCUCGACGCUUUGAUCGGACGGCUGAGAGCGGCUUACGAGGAGAACGGUGGAUCUCCGGAAACAAACCCUUUCGCUAGUGGAGCAAUAAGGGUUUAUCUCAGGGAGGUUAGGGAGUGUCAGGCCAAAGCUAGAGGGAUUCCUUUCAAAAAGAAGAAGAAGAAGCCAACGACGACGGAGAUGGGUGGUGGAAGAGAGGACUCUUCUUCUUCAUCCGCCUCUCCCUUCGGCUUCUCUUAAGAUUCUCAUGAUCUUGGUGAGACCUUGUGAUAUUUGCAGGAUCAACAGUCUCAUAGAAGGAUCAAAUGUAAAAGAGGCCUCAAAUAUACCUACUGGCGAUCAAGAAGUCAAAGUAAAAUGUUAUUUUCAGCAUAAUUUCGGCUUAUUUUAACCGAUCUUCAUCUACUCCUACAUUUCCGUAGCAAUCGACCGGUUAUAUAGCUUCAUCAUCUCUAUAUUCUCUUAUUAAACUCUUUUUAUAUAAGGAAGUGUAUAGAUUUUAUAUACUUAAGACAAGUUUGUUUUAAAAAGAGUUUCUUAAAUUUGUUAUUUUGAAUAGAGGACUAAUAUUUGAUUUGAAUGUGUAUAAGUAGCUUAGAUCCCCAUGCUAAGAUAAAUUAAAUUUUCUACAAACCUUUUGUUAAUAGUACUCACAUUUAAGCCAAUAGGACUCAAUAGCAUUGCUCAUAUAAAGAAACAAAUUUAGUUUUUAAUACAUGCAAACCUCAAAUAUGAUACGAAGAAGUUAAGAUGAAUAAAUCGACUAAUAUUAUUGUGAUUUAAGUUUAAAUCAAAGGAAAGCGAAUAUUAAUACAAACUAUACAAAAAAUUUAUAUUCUAAAAGACAAUUCAGCUGUCACUGUGGGGACGUUGAUAGAGGUCUUCUUAGCUUUACCAUGUCUUGAGGGGCUUGUCCUUGACGUAGGGAAGAACGUGAAGCAGAGUGGUGUAGCUUUAGAGGCAUUGAACUCGAAAGAAGUAUUGAUAGGUUUGUUAUACUUUGAAUGUUUUGCUUAUAAAAGCGAUGAUCAAAGAUGAUGUAUACAAUUUGCAUGUGAUGAAAUGAAGUGUUAGUCUAAACUCAGUUAAGAUAUCACAUAUUCAGAGAAGAUAAUUUUCUUAGGUUUCUUAGAUAGGUCAGUAUAUGUCUGUCUAAAUUAGUAUUUUGACUGUCUUGCAAUCAUGGUUUUGAUUCAUUGUUUAGGUCUUUUGCUGUUGUUCAUUUUUUUUGCCACCACAGGAUAGAGAUGUUAACCAGAGGAGUCUUUCGCUUCCUGGUGAAGGUUUGUUACAAAAAUGCUUAACUCUGAGGAAGCUUUUCAUACAUUGGAACGGCUCAUGAGCAUUUCAUGAAUUUUUGAGGAUCCCUAACUUAAGGGACAUGUAGCUUAGAGAAGACUGUUAUCCAGCGCCUGAGAAUGAUAUGAGCACAGAGAUAUGAGUUGGUUCUUGUAGUAGAUUCUAGGACCAUUUGAACAGCCGAAACAUCAUUGAUUGAGACUAACAUUGAGUUACUUCCACACCAUUUUUACAUAUGUAUUGACUUCAGUUUCUGUUUACUCUGAAUGUUAUGUUUGUAAAAGAAAAGAUCAAAGAUGAUGUAUACAAUUUGCAAUGAUGAAUGAAUUCAUAAAUGGAAAAAACCAGUACAUUAUAACUAGAUGAAGAUAUCACAGAUUCAAUGAAGAGAAUCCUCACAGAUCGCUAGAUAGGUCAGUAAUCUGUGGAUAGUUCCGUAUUUGCUAUAGUUCUUCACACUGAUAAGUCCCACUAAUAGAAUCACCAAGUGUUAUCUAAAAACAUGUGCUUUGAUAUCAAAUUAAAGUCUAUUCAAAGUAAAUAAAUUUUGUUAAAGAACAAACUAAAAACACAUUGUUAAGAAAAGUUCUCAUAGACCCUUGAGGUUGAAGAUUAUACCUCCAAAACCACCAGGAUGCAAGCUCGUUCCUGUUCAGUAGAGUGUGUCAGUAUUAGUCUAUGUUGCUUGAUUGAUAUGGUGUAGAUCAACUUAAUUAGACAUUUAUACAAGUUGUAAGGAUUUAAUUUGUCAAAAUGUAUUAUAUGGCCACAAACACAUUUUAGAAUUAAAAAAGUAAAAAAUGUAGUUAUUCAGUUAAAAAUAUUAUUUUUUAUUUUUUUAGAAUCUCACCUAGUUUCUAAUGGUUGGAGAUGCUUUUAAUAGACCACUUAAAUUAUUUUUAUUAAUUAAAUUAUUAAAUUGGGUUUAUUUUCCAAAUAACAAAAAAUGGAAAUUAGAUUCUAUAGAGAGGAUAAAAAGAGACAAGAAGAGAAGUAAGAGAGAACGAGUAGUUUUGAGUAGUUAGAACAUUUUCAACUCCACUUCAAAAUUUACAGUAAAAUGGAGUGGAUUAUGCAGUUGUGAACAAAAAAAAAAUGUUACUGCAUUUAUGGGGUAAUGCAUUUUUUGUUUGUUCACAACUGCAUAAUCCAUAAUCCACUCCUAGUGAAUUUGUGUUUUUUUUUUUGUUAUUAGGGCCAAUUUCCUUUAUUAAAUUAUACUAAAAUACUAUUUUUAUUUGUUUAGAACCCCAUUUAAGAUAUUGGAGCGAUGGGGGUGAUUGCUUCUGAUCUAUGAGAGCUUUGUUUUUUUUGUUCCUUCUUUAGAAUCUCUAAUUAAUUUUUUUUAUAAUGUAAAUCUUUUACAGCAAAAUGGAAGUAAGUUUCAAAACUGUAUAACCACUCCGACUGCAACCAAAUGAAGCGGAGAAAGGAGACAAAUAACGCUUGCGGUGGGACCACAACCACUGUAAACGUUGUCCCAGAGAGCACCCACCAUGAUGGACCCAGCUGUUUGGCCAAUUUCUCCAGCGUUAUAGAAAUACUUCCCUUCUCAAUAAAAAACAAUCACUUCUUUUUUUUGCUUAAAGGAAGCUAUUAUUUAUAAGUCGCAAAUAAUCACUUCUUGGUUCUUCCCUUUUCCGCUUAAAAAAACAUAUCAUGUCCUGUCUUAACCACAACCCAUUACAAUAUCCGUUUCUCUUUUAACAUUUAGACCCAAAAAAAAAAAAAUUAUCCGUUUUACUUUGUAACAACAACAAAAAUGGUUCUAGUAAUAAACGUCAAACUCUCCUAAAUAUGAAUAUUCCAAGACAUCUGGAAAUAACAAAAGAGGAAGAAAAAAGAGAUAUAAAAAUGACAUGGACUUGAUUAUUCCAAGACGAAUGUGAAAGCUGAAAUUGAAUAAUGUAUAGAGUAGUAUUUUUGUAGCAUAUUUAAUGUAAACUGAUAUACAUAAAUAAAUAGGUACACUAGAAAUGGGGUAAGUGUCAGUUCGAUAGAUGGUGAAAUGCCAAAGACACCCGAUUUUGUUGUUGUAAAUCUCAAUCCCAAGAAACCAAACACCCUCUUCGUCCCCUCCUUGGAAACAUGUUAUCUACGUCUCUUUUCUUUGCUUAUUAGUACAUCUUUUAAAACAUUCACAAAUCCCUUAUAAGCCACCAAAUAAUUGCCUCUAAUUUUGUUAAUUCAUUUUCAACGCUUUCUCAGCGACAUCUCUUAAAACAUUCACAAAUGUUAAUUCAUUUCCUCAAUCCACCAAAUAAUUGCCUCUAGUUUUGCUACUACUAAAAAAAAGGAAUCAAGUCUCCAAUUCAUUAAAGUUAGAGCAACUCCAUUGGUGAACCUCUUAAGAGAGGUUCUUAGCAAUUUUUAUUUUUUUUUAAUUAAUUUUGUAAAGUUAAGGAUUUCCAAUUUUUUGGGUGUCUAUUGGUGAACUCCAAAGUGAGGUUCUUAGGAAUAAAUUAAUAUUAUUUAAUUUAUGAAAAAAAAAAGUUAUGUUUAUUGAAAAAAAUAUAAAACAUACAAUAAUUAUGAUUGUUGGUUACCAAAUUUUGCAAAUAUAUUCUCAAUUAAAUCGGUCUUCAAUCGUUGAUGUUUCCUUUGGUCGCGAAGUUCACUCCGAAUGGCAAGUAUAUUACCAAGAUUUGAAGGCAUGUUUGUAGAGAACGAGAAAUCUACCUCUGAACUUUUGCUUGUUUCUCCUUCUACGAAUUCAGAUAUAUCGUAUCGAAUGUAUCCAUCUCGUUCUUCUUCCACUAUCAUAUUGUGUAAUAUGAUACAUGCUCUGAUAAUGUUGCUGAUUUUUUCAAUCGCGUCGAAUAACUAUUUUUUUUCUUCUCUCAACGAAACUAGGGGAAAAGUAGUUGCCACGUACUUUAGAGCUCACCCCUUAAAAUUGUUAUUUAAGAGGCACCUCUAACCAUCUCACUUAAUUAUAUUAUUUAUUAAAUCAAAAGUGGGUAAGAGGCUUGCUUAUGAACUCCUUAUAAACCAGCGAUGGAGAUGAUCUUAGAUAUUGUUUCUUUUACUUUUGCUUGUAUUUUUUAUAAGGAGUGGGGACCUACAAAAGUGCCACGUGGACACCAUGCCUGAUAGAUAUGCAUGUAGAUCUUAUGAGCAAGUAGUAGAUUAGAUCCUGCAUUGUACGAACCACUUCACUAUCUCUUACUAGAGUAUUAGAGUAUCUAUUUGAUCACGAUCGAUCUCAUCCAUCAUCGAUGUAUCUAUACAUAUCAUCAUCGGUGUAUGCAUGUAGAGAGGGGCACAUGGGAAUGGGACAUUGAAAGAUGGAGAUUUUCAUGUGAGAGCACAUGUCAUGUGCUUCUUUCUCUCUCUCUCUAAUUUGCCUUCUCUUUGGGCUUUCUGUGUAGGUCCCCUAUUCUUCACUCCCUUGUUCUUAUGCACAUGCCGAAACGGGUCAUUCUCCUUCUUAUCCCCUCCCCCUCACCCACUGCCUUCUCGCGCGUGGUCUUUCUUCUAAUCUUAUAAUGGUCUCGUCCGUACUACCCUGCGUAGUUACUACUACUACAACUUGCUAGGAUUAGGAUUUGUCCUCGUCUGACUUACUUUCUGGACAAUUUAUAAUAGUUUUCUCGAUUCAAGUUUACAUAAUUAUAACCCUAAAAUUUUGUUAAGAGUUCAGAAAAGGUGAGAAAUAAGUUAUGGUAUACACAAAAAUGCCACUUUAUAAACUAAUACUCCAUCUUUUAUGGUUGGUAUAUGAUAAAAUGCCACUUUACUGCAACUUUACCGGUCUGUAAGCAGCAAUACAUAAUCCUAUACAAUAGAAAGUUAAUGCUUGAGGAUUUACUAGAUACAAAGUUAAUACUUCUAGCUCUAAACAAGAUACGCAGUUA